AAAUCCGAUUCGAAUAAUUUGAUUCAUUCUAGUGUUGGUGAGAGAACAGGAACGUUGCUACAUCCUAUAACUGGUGAUACUUCUGAGUACAAUGAAAAUCGUAAAGAAGUUACUUGGAAUUGGUCUCCUGUUUUUGAUACUGCAGCAGUGUGUUGUGUCGCAAGAGGAGGGUACUGACGACGCAGCAGCAGCAGCGGCUGAUGCUGACACAGCAGCAGCGGCUGAUGUUGACACAGCAGCACCGGCUGAUGAUGACACAGCAGCAGCGGCUGAUGCUGACACAGCAGUAGCGGCUGAUGAUGACACAGCAGCAGCGGCUGAUGAUGACACAGCAGCUGAUGACGCCGCCGCCGUGGAACCUGAAACUGAAGAGGCCGCUAUAGAUGCAGCAGAUGUACCGGUAUGCAACCAAAGUUCCAACGAGGAAUGUAUUGAGUAUGAACACUGUUGCCCAGGAUAUGAAUGCAAUCAUGAAAACAAGAAGUGCGAGAGUGACGGUAGUAACAUUGUACUGAAUCCAGACGACGGAGAAGAAAUCAAUAUUAAUAAUGAUAUAAUUGAAUAGAAUUUUCAUCAAACAACGCAUGCGCAGUUUGGUGUUUAUCUUCAUGAAGACCAUGUCACCACAGAAAACUUUUAUGUAUAUCCCAUAUUCAAGCUAUUAUUUAACACUAUGCAUUUGUAUGCUACACUCGGUAAACGGAAGAAAUUAUGUAAACGGAAGAAAUUAUUUAAAAAUAAUAAUUAUAACGUCGGUGGAUAAGUUGUCUUUACCUGCUUGUGAAAAUGUGUAUUCAUCGGACAACACGCUCAUUUUAAGGAAGAUUUUAAUCAAUUUGGAAGGAAGAUCUUAUGUCAUCGCUAAAAUUAUUAAACUAAAUUUAUCGUUCAUUGGUAAUGGGCUAUUUUUUGCUUAUAUUGGUUAAACUGGAUAAAUAUAAUCUAUUGUAGCAUUUCUACGUGGCCUUCACGUGACUGAUAUCGCUGUUAAAUUGACAUUAAUAGCGAUAUCACGUGACUGAUAUCGCUAUUAAUGUCACUUUUGGUUCUGGGAAAUAGGAAAGUAAUGUCGGUGCACCUAGUUUAGUGUACCAUGACGUUUUAGAUCAUAUGAUUAUUUAGAUAAACUAUGAUAAGCCUCGCGACGCCCUUUUAAUACAAAAAUAUAUAAUGUAUGACAGCUGGUUCCUUAAUUUGAGAUUUGAAUAGUUUAUGGUAUUUUUCUAUACCCAAUAGACAUAAUAUAUCAUCCUAAUUCAAGAGAUUUUUUUUUUAAACAGAACAAUGUCCACUGAAAUUGUGCGACUUGUCAGACAGAAGAACUAUUAAAUAUUCACCUUAAAUAAA